UUCUAAAAUUGUUUUGUUCAUCAUGUGUUUUUCGUCACUUUAAAUGUUUUUUCGCGUAUUUGUUCGUAUUUCGAAUAUUUGUAGCAAAUUUUCCGGCAUGAAUGUCGAGUCUCUGUCCAAUGAGGCAUAUUCAGCAAAACGAGGUUUCUCUACCAACGUACAGGCUGAUGCAAGUCAAGAAAUACUGUACGAGAAAGCUAUAGCAACGUUAAAUACAAUACAGACUGUAAAAAAGGCGGAAGUUGGUGGAUUGUUAACAGAUGAAAAAAAGUUUGCUGAGAUAAAAAGCUUGCCUGUUAAUCACUUAGACAAGUUAGCAGCAAUCCAUGUUGCAGGUACAAAGGGCAAGGGCUCAGUCUGUGCAUUUUGUGAAAGUAUCAUGAGACACAGUGGCUAUAGAACGGGAUUUUACAGCUCACCCCACAUAUUUGAGGUCCGGGAGCGAAUGCGUGUAGAUGGCAUGCCCAUUUCCAAAGAAAAAUUUGCUAAUUAUUUUUUUGAAUGUUGGGAAAACUUCGAGAUGGAAAAAAAGCGUUAUUAUAAGACAUUUCUAGUGAAUAUGGCUUUUCACGUGUUUCUGAAAGAAAAGGUGGACGUUACUGUUGUUGAGGUGGGAUGUGGAGGUGAAUAUGAUGCUACAAAUAUUCUAAGACAUCCAGUAGUUUGUGGUAUCACGUUAUUGGACAAAGAUCAUUUGAAAUCUCUAGGAGGCACAGUAGAAAGUAUAGCCUGGCAUAAAUCUGGAAUAUUUAAACCUGGCGUCCCUGCCUUCACUUUUCCCCAGAAUUCUGCUUCAAUGAAAGUUCUUAUGGAAAGGGCAGAAGAAAAGAAGAUAUCUCUCAAAGUAGUUCCAGAUUUUAUAUCUAAAAUUUCCGACGGGAGUCUACCAGUUCUAGGUAUAGAAGGUAAACAUCAAAACCAGAAUGCUUCAUUGGCGCUUCAUCUCUGCCGCACGUGGAUAAAACGUCGGAAUGAAGCAAACGAAGCAACUGAAACCCAAAAAGAGGUCAAGUCAUCGUGUGAGACAGAAUCUCCUUACGCCGAGGAAUUCCCAUUGCCGGAAAGUUUCAAAGAAGGUCUUGCCAAAGUAUUUUGGCCAGGAAGAACUCAAUGCGUUGAGAGAGAUGACAUCACAUUCUAUCUGGACGGAGCACACACUAGGAAAAGUAUUGAGGCUUGCACGGAAUGGUUUUGUGAGAAAUCAAGAAUGGAAAAACUAAAAAAGAGCCAUAAAAAGAUAGCCAAAAUUUUGAUAUUCAACUUUAAAGGUGAAAGGAAUGCAAGAUCUUUAAUUCAACCAUUAGUGCAAUGCGACUUUGAUUAUGUCAUAUUUUGCCCCAACUUGUUACAAGACGGGACACAAUUAACAACCUCAGACACGUACAGCUUCUAUACAGACAAAGAGAAGGAGAAAAAGAAAUGUCAUGAAAUCCAAGACAUUUGGCGUGAAGUAUUAUCUUUUCAUAAACACUCUGAUGUGUCUCCCAUCCACACGUCUGAACUGAAUUCUCGAGUAUUUACAUGCGUUUCCGAUGCAUUUCAUUGGGUCGUUGACAAUCAGAACGACCCAGGAUCGUCAUUACGUAACGUUAUAGGAGGUGUUGAACACGUGCAGGUGUUUGUAACUGGGAGUCUGUUGUUAGUUAGUCUGGUAUUGCAACUAUUGGAGGCUGUAGAAGUUUGAUAAAAAUAUAAAUUUCCAAAUUUGUUCCGUGCAACGAUGCUAAGGCUCGAC